AUGAUAGACAAUUUCAAGGAAGCGCCCGACAGCAGAGACGUCAUUCUGACUACGCGGUGGUACAUUGCGGACGAGGCCACCAACAUGCCCCUUAUGUUUUUGCCUGCAGCGUUGCUGGCAGUCCUUCCACCGUGGGGGGAACUCGGUUGGGCCACGCACAACGCGGUCAAGCCGAAGCUCGCAGACGAUUUGAAAAAGUUUGCCGCCAAAAUCUCAGAGGACCCAUACAAUAUAAAGCAGGGCGCUGUCCACCUGGUGCAAUGGUUGGAUGGGACAAUGGAGACAGCGCCCGUCUUAGACGCAUCUUACAUGGCCUGGUGGAUUGUGAAUGGCAGUGCCCGGCGCCCCGCUUUGGAGGAGCGCCCUGACAUAGCCACGUGCCCCGCGUUAGAUUUGGAGCCAUGCCGCAAUUCAAUGGCGGUUGGCCCGCCAGGGUUCAAAUGGGGGGCCAGCCUGAAGAAGCUGGAGAAGAAUGCGUCUAAGCGCGCCGUAUUUGUGUACCCCCUUGCUGUGCAGAUCCAGCACGAGAAUCCUGGAACCUGCUGGGAUGAGGCCGUGCGUCUCGCCGAAGAGGUGUGGUGUCAAGGUGGCGCCACGCUGCCCAGGGAGGAAGUUGGAGGCCCUGGCCUGGUUGAGGAGAUAGCUAAUAGCGAUGACUCCGAACAGGAGGCGCCAGAUCCUGAGGAGAGUUUGUUUUUCGAUUAG